ACAUUCAAAUUAUACUUCCUAGAAAUAACUUUUUUAAAAUUUAUUUUUCAGAAAAUUAACUUUCCUCUAAAUAUGUUAUUUUGAACCAAACGAGGCCUUAAUGCUUGGUUGCUGCAGCCAAUUCUGAAGGGAGACCGUUGGAUAUGCAUAGGAUCACAUGAUCUCUGCCUAAUUUUCAAAGUAACUUAGGUGGAAUAGUUAUUUAAUAUUUUAGGUAUUAUUUCUAUCAUUGCAAUAUAUUAUGUUAUUGAGCACAAUGAGGGGUAUACCUCCUCUGUCCUGCCUUUAUAUACACCACCUUUCUUUCUGCACUAUAAUUUACACUUUUGCAUUCAGAGGAAGCCACACAUUCUCUACAGAGAUGGGAUCCUUUCAGUUGGCCAAUGGUCCCUCUCCUCUUUCACUUUCUUCUAGUUUCAUUCUCCCAGAAAACAAAAGGCCAUAUCUUUCCCAGGUAUCUACUGUGGCCUCAAUUCCAGUCAUUGACCUUAAUCAGGAGUUGUCCCAGUUGAUUCAACAAGUAUCAAGGGCAUGUGAGGAAUAUGGGUUCUUUCAGAUCAUCAACCAUGGAGUCUCUCAAGAAUUAUGUGAGAGAAUGUUGAAAACCAUUUCUGAAUUCUUUGAAUUGCCACCUCAAGAGAGGGCAAAGUUCUUUACCACAGAUCACACUAAGCAGAUCAAGCUCUUCAACUACAAUCUUAAAGUUGAUGGGCAAGAGGACAAAGUUUCAAUGUGGAGUGAAACCUUCUCGCAUCCUCUGCAUCCUCUAGAUGAUGUAGCCCAUCUUUUGCCAGAAAAUCCUCCCCAAUACAGGGAGGUUUUUGCUGAAUAUGGAAUGGAGAUGAAUGAACUAAUGACCAAGCUUUUGAGGUUGAUGUCUCAAGGGCUAGGCCUAGAGAAAGAUUGCUUAAAGAAGAAAUUAGGUGAAAAUCCCAUUCUAAGAGCACAAUCAAAUUUCUAUCCACCAUGUCCAGACCCAGAGAUGACCUUGGGGCUGGCUGUUCACACUGAUCUUAAUGCACUCACCAUAGUCAGACAAUCAGAAGGAGUGACUGGCCUUCAGGUCAUCAAAGAUGGGAAAUGGGUGGCCGUUGAUCCCAUUCCUAAUUCAUUUGUCAUCAAUCUGGGUGAUCAAAUUCAGGUAUUGAGCAAUGGGAGAUACAAAAGCGUACACCACAGGGCUGUGACUAACAAGGUACACCGAAGAAUAUCGUUGGCGACAUUUUAUGUGCCGGGAAAGGACACUGUGAUUGGUCCAAUCGAGGAUUUAAUCGAUGAGAAACAUCCUCCGGUGUAUCGGAGCUACCGGUAUGCAUGGUUCCUUGAAGAAUUUUACAGGCAAGAAGGAACAAGGAGGAUGGUGAAGGAGACUUUUGAGCUGCUGACUUCAUGAUACCAUAUAAAAAUAAGUUAUACAUAAUAAUAUUUAUAUAAUUUGUUGACCUUGGAGAUUUAUUGGCAAGAGAUGAUACUAUAUAAAUUCAACCAUACGAUCAAAUAUUAAUAUCUAAAAGGUAGUCAAACUCUUGAUUUGAAAAAAUGGAAUUUGCCUUCUCGCUAUCUGAGAAGUUUUUUAUCCUAUUUUUUUAAGGAUUUUUUCCGCGUUGUUCGCUACGAGCGCUCGCAUAAAUGAUGAUAUUGUUUUUGAGGAGAUGACAGAGGAGAUGAAAAAAACUUCAUCAGCCGGUCUUGUUAAUCAGACCCACCGGAAGAAAUAAGUACACUUAGUUAGAACUGCCGUGGAUUGGAUAAUCCAUGGGCACUACAGUUGUUGGAAUUCUAUAUGAGAGAUAGGAGACCAAUUUUUAUUUUUUUAAUAGAAACUUUUUGUUUGUCUUCUAAAAUUUCUGAAAUAAAGACUCGUUUGGAUUAUGAUGA